AUGUCGGCCUCGGCUUCACCUCAAAAAAAACGAAGGCUUUCAACUUCGCCGGUUGAUGAUCGCCGAGUUAACGUCAAUGAAUCCCCUAAAAAGGCUAAACAAGACAACUUUACUGGCCCAGGAGGUCCUUCGAAUACG